AAAUUCACAAGAUAUGGCUAACAAGUCUUGUUCUAAUUAUUCUUUCCUCUUUCUAUUCAUUCUCCUACAUUUUAAUUUGGGGAAAAGCCAGCUACAAGUGAAUUACUACUCCAACAGCUGCCCAAAAGCAGAAGAGAUCAUCAAGCAACAAGUCGCUGAACUAUAUCACCAGCAUGGAGACACAUCCAUUUCAUGGGUUAGAAAUCUCUUCCAUGAUUGUUUAGUCAAGUCAUGCGAUGCAUCCCUUCUUUUAUCGACGGUGCGCGGUGUAGUAUCGGAGCAGACAUCCGGGAGAAGUUUUGGGAUGAGAAAUUUCAAGUAUGUGAAUACCAUCAAAGCUGCUGUUGAGAAAGAAUGUCCUUUGACAGUGUCAUGUGCUGACAUUGUUGCACUUUCUGCUAGAGACGGCAUUACUAUGUUGGGAGGUCCAAACAUUGAAAUGAAAACAGGAAGAAAGGAUAGCAAAGAAAGCUAUUCAACGGUGGUGGAAGAAUUCAUUCCAAACCAUAAUGACUCCAUAUCCUUAGUGCUCUCUCGUUUUCAAGCCAUUGGCGUUGACGCUGAAGCCACUGUUGCUCUUUUAGGAGCACACUCAGUGGGAAGAGUACACUGCAUGAAUUUGGUCCACAGACUAUACCCUACAGUGGACCCAACACUAAACCCAACACAUGCUGCAUACCUAAAACGUAGGUGUCCAACACCAUAUCCAGAUCCAAAAGCUGUCCAAUAUGUGAGGAAUGAUCUAAAAACACCUAUGAUAAUUGACAACAACUACUACAAGAACAUUUUGCAACACAAGGGUCUUCUCACUAUUGAUGAAGAACUAGCCACUGAUCCAAUAACAGCACCUUAUGUACAAAAAAUGGCAGAGGAUAAUGGUUACUUCAAUGAACAAUUCUCAAGGGCUGUUCUUUUGUUGUCUGAGAAUAAUCCUCUUAUUGGAGAUGAUCAAGGUGAAAUUAGAAAGGAUUGUCGCUAUGUCAAUGUCAAAUAGAUAUAGAAUAAGCUAAGCUAGCUAUUAUUAUAUAUAAUAGUUUAUGUCUAUUUGGCAUUGACAUAGCGACAAGUCUUUUUAAUUUUAAAAAUUGCGUACUUAAUUUGCAUUAGAUAUAUGCUAUUACUUUUUUAUGUUAAAAUUAAGUUGUUCACAUAGAUAUAUGUUACUUGAUCAGCCAACAAAGGCAAUAAAAAAUAAUCCACCUUUGAAGUUAAACAGCUUCAAAUGUGAUUUGUAAGGGAAGGUUUGAUCCAUUUGUUAAGGAUUUGACUUAUGUACCAUUUAGUUUGAAUUCAAAUGUUAAUGUUAUUUGACUUGUAAUUUAUUAUUUUGCAUAAUACAAAUAUAUAUAAUUAUAAUUAA